AUGGACUACAUCAACCGUGACUUCAGAGAUGAAUUCAUCAUCGGGUUAUCUGAGACGGCAGAGAAGCUUCAAGGUGAGCUUCUAGGGAAGAUGUUUGCUGAGCUCCGAGAAGUCGAACGAGGGUUUCAGGAGUUCCAAGCAGAUGUUUCUCGGCUGAUGUGCUUUGCCUGUCCAGCAGCUCCUGAUAAUCUGAUGGUGUGA